CCCAUGUUCGAAGUUGCCCUUUAAACGGGCUCUGGGGGAUCACUUCAAGAUGUUCGUAAGCCGUCUACGACUCGAUCCUUGUAGGACCACUUCAAGUCGUGCGCAAGAUAACACGGUUGCUCAUGGCUACGAGACGUCCUUUCAUCUCAACCGGAGGCAACAACCACUUGGAGUUCCUGAAUGACAGGGUUGAUCAACAAGGCUGCACCAGUAUAUAUCUGACGCCUCCAUCCCCGCGCUGCCAACGCCCGUUCAAGUUCUCUGCUUCCCAUUUUAUCUUCGGCAUGGGUGAUAGUCAUGGAUAUCCCGAUACGGCCCCCAUAGGAGGAGUGUUCGUCGAGAUCGUCUUCUCUAUGCUUGUAUACGGGUGUACACUCGCUCAGACUUUGUAUUAUUUUUGGAACUACCCAGGCGACAGCGUCGUGCUGAAGAUUCUGGUGGGGGUAUUAUGGGCACUGGAUACAACGAGAGCCGUACUGGUGACGAAUAACGAAUGGUGGUAUCUGGUACGGAAUCACGCCAACGCGAUGUCCCUAGAAGAACAGCAAGGGAAAAGCACGAUAGCCCAUUGCGUGGUCUCAAUUGUCGUGAUCUUCAUUGUGCAGUUCUUCUUCAUCCAUAACAUCUGGAAGCUCAUGGCCCACAAGAGUGGCCGCGUUGUGUUGACAUUCGUUGCCGCCACAUUUGCAAUUCUCUCCGCAGCGGCAGGCUUCGUCUUCGUUUAUGAAACUACCGCAGACGCGAGCGUGCCCAUCAUACUCUCGGACGUCAUCCCAUCAGGAAGCGUACAAGCUGUCACCGCGCUCUUUACUGAUCUGUACAUCACUGUCUCUUUAUGUCUUAUCUUGCAGGGUGCAAAGACCUACACGGUCGACGGGGCCCAUGCUAUUCUAUCCAAGCUAAUCAUAUACACUGUCAACCGUGGGCUUCUCAUCGUCGUCGUCCAGUUUGUUCAAUACAUUACGUAUGUCCCACAAUGGCACGACGUCCAUAUGAUUGUGGACCUGUUCCACUUACAUGAGCCGUCAUGCACGGUAUACGUCAAUGCAUUACUUGCAGUAUUGAACGUCCGUCAGCAUCUGAGGGAGAAACGACGAGCUAUCUCGAUGAUGUGGGAGAAACCGCCCGAUAUGAGCAUCGACGAACUACUCAACAAUAGCGACGCCGUAGACGUGGGCUCCCCGGAAUCCAGCUUCUUCUCACUGCUCGGAAGGAAACCUAAACACAGACGCACCUCUGUUGUUGUCGAUAUUCUGGUUACCAGGGAAGUUCUCGUGGACGGCCAGUGGAGUACAUUUGAUAGCGGGCCAAUGUCUGCCGUGGACGGUGCGCAUCUGUUCCCGAGUUUGUUGACGGACAAGCCCCUCAGUCGGAGCAACACUGUGUAAGACCUCCUCAGUAUUACGGACAUAUUGCUGUCGUUUCGUGAUGAGUCACACAUGUCUAUAUGGGCUCGCGUACACGUUCCACAUGCCAGUGGUAUAUGACUCCGAUGUCGC